ACUGUAAAUCGUACCUAACGUAAAGUUUACAAAAUAAUAAUAAACAUUUUUUACAAUACCAGUACCGCGGUAAUCUAACAUCAAAAUUAAAAACAUAAGCUUCUCAUGGGAAUUAGGAGACGUUCAUGCGCUACAUUGACAGAUAAAAUAUUUAUUGAUGGAAAUUAUAGCAAAUUUCUGCAACAGCACACAUCAAAUGAUCAGCAUCAAUCAUCAUCUAAAUUUACGUCAAAGAAGCUCGGAAACAGAACUGCACGCUUAAAACAUUCUGCAGCCCGCAAUAUAAAGAAAACGGAGUUUAUUUUUGUGAGUCCACUUCCAGAAACUUCAUCAAAAGUUUUUAUGAUGAAGAUUUUGAGCAUGUGCUGCUUGGCAUGUGAUGUAUUGCUCGUAUCAAAUUUGAUAGGAGAAGCAAAUUUGCUCAUGAAAGAUAAACAGAUUGAUCAUAUUUGGAAGCAUUUUAAAUCGAGAAGCAUCAAGAAAAUAAAUAUUAUCGAGCCAGAUUGGUAAUGGAUUUUUAAAUAACUGCUGCAGUGACUUGAUCAAAUGAUUAGACAUUGAUUGAUAAAUUAGCAGAGUUUAGCGGCUUAUUUUCAAAAAGAUGAAACAGCAUGAAAGUAGAACGGCUUUUUUGAAGAAAUGUGUUUUUGGACGACUGAUUGAAUCGAUAAAAUCACAUUUCUUCUACUCAUGGAUACAAGAAUUAUUGUGAAUUGAAUGAAUUAACAAUAUUAAUCAAUAAAAAAUUGAUUACUAUAGAUGUAUUGAAUGAGUGUUGAUGGGCUAAUGGGUGAUUGAUAGGC